AUGAUCUUCUUCUCCGAUGAAGGAGUUGUCAUUGCAGUUCAGUUUCAGUAUGGUGAUGACCAUGUUCGCCUUGGAGUAGAUCUUGUACCAUUUUCCAGAUUAAAGUUGCCCUCGGGUCAUCGACAAAGAUUCCGCAACUGUUUUCCUCACAGGGUUGGUAGGUUCAGACAGAAUUGCAUCUCUCUCAUACUGAUCCCCCCAGUGAAUAAUGUCUCCGCACACGCUGGACUUUUGCAACGUUUCCUUCAGAAAUUCGCUUCACCCACUAGAUUUCACCCCUGA